CGGGCCGGGCGGCGCCUUGCGCGGCGGCUGCGGGGCCGAGGGCCGCGGGCGAGCGCGCGACUCCCGGGGCCGCGGGCUGCUCGCACCCGGACUCUGUCUUGCGGGGACUUCGCCCAGGAAACAGCCUGGUUUUGAAGAUUAGGGAAGGAUUUGGCACAUUGGAGAAGCGAGUGAUCCUUUUCACUACCGCAGAGAUGCCAGCUUAUUUAUAGGACUCACCCAAAGCCAGAGUCAUGGUGGAUGUAGGAAAGUGGCCAAUCUUCACACUGCUCUCACCCCAGGAAACUGCAUCUAUCAGGAAAGCGUGUGUCUUUGGGACCUCGGCCAAUGAGGCAAUCUAUGUCACUGACAAUGACGAGGUCUUCGUGUUUGGACUGAACUAUAGUAACUGUCUAGGAACUGGAGAUAACCAGAGCACGCUGGUGCCCAAGAAACUGGAAGCUUUGUGUGGAAAAAAGAUCAGAAGCCUUAGUUACGGGAAUGGCCCCCAUGUCCUCCUCAGCACUGAAGAUGGAGUCGUCUACGCCUGGGGCCACAAUGGAUACAGCCAGCUGGGGAAUGGGACCACCAACCAAGGCAUUGCUCCUGUCCAAGUCUGUACCAAUCUCUUGAUCAAGCAGGUGGUUGAGGUAGCGUGUGGUUCACAUCAUUCAAUGGCUUUAGCAGCUGAUGGAGAGCUGUUUGCAUGGGGCUAUAACAACUGUGGUCAGGUGGGAUCAGGAUCUACAGCAAACCAGCCAACUCCUCGGAAAGUUACAAACUGUUUACAUACCAAGAGAGUGGUCAGUAUUGCCUGUGGUCAGACCUCAUCCAUGGCUGUUCUGGACAGUGGUGAGGUGUAUGGCUGGGGCUACAACGGCAAUGGACAGCUGGGCUUGGGAAACAAUGGCAACCAGUUGACCCCAGUGAGAGUGGCAGCUCUGCACAGUGUGUGUGUGAACCAGAUUGUCUGCGGCUAUGCACAUACAUUAGCAUUAACUGAUGAGGGCUUGCUGUAUGCCUGGGGAGCUAACACAUAUGGGCAGCUUGGAAAUGGAAGUAAAAAUAACCUGCUAAGCCCAGCACAAAUCAUGGUGGAAAAAGAAAGGGUCGUAGAGAUUGCGGCGUGUCACUCCACUCACACAUCUGCUGCGAAGACCCAGGGCGGGCAUGUGUACAUGUGGGGCCAGUGCCGGGGCCAGUCGGUGAUCCUCCCUCACCUCACCCACUUUUCCUGCACUGACGACGUGUUUGCCUGCUUUGGCACCCCUGCUGUCUCAUGGCGCCUCCUGUCUGUGGAGCACGAAGACUUUUUAACAGUUGCACAGUCACUGAAGAAAGAAUUUGAUAGUCCAGAAACUGCUGAUCUGAAGUUUCGAAUUGAUGGGAAAUAUAUUCAUGUCCAUAAAGCUGUUUUGAAAAUCAGGUGUGAGCACUUUCGGUCCAUGUUUCAGUCCUAUUGGAAUGAGGACAUGAAGGAGGUGAUCGAGAUAGACCAGUUUUCUUACCCGGUGUACCGUGCUUUUCUCCAGUACCUCUACACAGACACCGUGGAUCUGCCACCUCAGGAUGCCAUAGGCCUUCUGGACUUGGCGACGUCGUACUGUGAAAACAGACUGAAGAGGCUUUGUCAGCACAUCAUCAAGCGAGGAAUUACUGUGGAGAACGCUUUUUCCUUGUUCUCUGCUGCAGUCAGAUAUGACGCAGAGGAUUUAGAAGAAUUCUGCUUUAAGUUUUGCAUCAAUCAUUUGACAGAAGUUACCCAGACUGCGGCGUUCUGGCAAAUGGAUGGCCCCCUGCUAAAGGAGUUCAUUGCUAAAGCCAGUAAAUGCGGAGCUUUUAAGAACUGAAGCCAAGCUGCUGGGCUAGGUGUGAGUGCACGGGGCACUGUGGGGGAUGUGACUCUGCAGGUAAAAGCAACCCCACACCAGAGGCAGUGCUCUGUAGGAAUAUAUGAAGGACAUUUGCUUCUCAUGAGCCUGUUUUUCACAACUCUUGUUUCUGGAGAUGUAUAUUUUAAAUGUGAUUUUCUAACAUUUGGCUGAACUAUGGGGAGGGAUGAAAAUUUAGUUGUUUUGGCUCUUUUAAUUUUGAUAUAGAACUUGUGAACUUGGAUUAAGGAGGUUGGUAAAUAUCCUGGAGCCUUUGGCCACAAACCUUUCCACACUGCCUGUGAAGGACAGGCCCUGCCCAGUGGUCCCUGAGUGCUAUUCUGUCACCACCUUCCUGUGGGGACACGAGCACUGUGGGAGGCUCCUAAGGAAUAUUCCUGAAUACUCAUCAAACCCACUUAAACAGGCAGGAACUAUUAGAUUUGCUCUGAUGCUCUGAAGAUGAAGGUGCCUAGGGCUGGAAAGAUGGCUCAGCAGGUAAAGGCUCUUAUCCUAAGCCUGGUGAGUUAAGCUCAGUCCCCAGGACCCACAUGGUGGUAAGAGAGAGCACACUUAAUAAGGUGUCCUCUGACUGCUACACAUGUCCCAGCACUACAGACAUGACCAUAAUAAAGACAAAUAAUAAAACAUAGAAGACUUAGGUUCCUAAAGAGAAACAGCUAGAAGUACCUGUGAGAAGCUGGAGACAAAAGGAGCCUUGUGUGAGAAAGGAGAGUGGUUGAGAAAUUAGUCUCCACUGAUGACCCAGCAGUGUUCCAGUAGGGCUGCAUUCGAGACAGCACGGCACACUACCUUCCACCUGUCCCUGUAGUCACUCAGAACACACUCUGCACAUCUGCUCCUUUCUGACAUGAUGUGGUUAAAACCAUCCUUCUUACAGGACCCCAUAGAGUGUUCUCUUUUGUUGGGGGUGGGUGGGAUCUGGACCAAAUUCCAUCAAAACAUAAUUGGAGCCACCUUUCCAGUUUCAGUGUUUUUCUUUCUUUAAUUGUGUUAGGAAUACUUUUUGGUGUACUUUAGCCUUGAGAUAGGGUUUCCAAGUCACAGUUUUGUGAAGAGUUCAUUUUUUUAAGACUUUGUAUCAGGGCAGAGUGGUGAGUGAGGCUCCAGUGAUAGGAGUCGUUGACAGACAGAAUACAAACCUAGCAGUCAAAGCCCCGGCUUCUUGAUCAUGUGACAAGUGUUACCUGGGACACUGGGAAAUGAGAACUGGCUCACUGGACACUGGAAGUGAGAGUUUUCCUGGCUGGGGUAAAGAGUGGACAUUAAUUUGAUCUGCUGUAAUAGGCCGUCUGCAUAGCCACAGUCCUGUAGACUUAGGGUCUCAAAGCAGUAACUUCAGUAUGUUUACUGUUGCUCUUACUUGAAAAACCUCUCCAGAGAAAAGCACAAAUUACAGCUUCAAAUCCAUAUCCAUAGAUAGUUCAUCUAAACAAAAAGCUGAGUUCCAGUUACAACUGAAGACACACUUUAAUCUUACUGAAUAGAGGGAGGGAGGGAGUGUGAGUGUGUGUGUGUGUGUGUGUGUGUGUGUGUGUGUGUGUGUGUGUGUGUGUGUGUGUAUGGUAGUGAAAGACCAGUCCUUUAAAAAGUGUUUUGAGUAUUUUUGUUAAUGCAAUCAUUUUAUUUUUCUACUUGGUUUUGUUUCUAAUCAUAGAGAACUAAACACUAUUCUUGGAAUUAAUGUUUUUCUUCUGUUGUAAUAAUGGAAGCCAGAGAAGUCACAUUUUUAAAAAUAGCCCAGACUGUAUUCUUUAACAUACUAGAACAAUAUUUGAUACUCGAGUAUUUAGGAUGCAGUCAUGUAAUGUUUUGAAUGACAUACAAAUAAACAGUCUCGUAAGCGGGCAUGUCUUAAAGCUGUGGUUGUUUUUCCCUUUGGAAUAUAGUACUACACAGUUUGAAAAUGGAACUUGUUGCUUUGGUGCAACAUGGAUUAAUUUGUGGACUUUGGUGAGAGAGAGAAAAAACAAAGUCAGCCACAAAAAGACAUGUAGUAUGUAGUUUAGGUCCUAAGGAUAGAAAGAAAGUGGCUACCAGGAGCUGGGAGAGGAGAGAGAUGUGAAAUUUUCCUUUUGCAAGAUGAAGAGAUUUUUGGAUGAGUAAUAACUUUUGUCUAUAUUUGAUGCAACUAAACAAUAUAUUUUAAAACGGUUGAGGUAAUAAAUUUUGUUAUAUACACUGUAUCACAAUCUUAAAAAUUAACAAUGUUAGAAUAAAAGUAAGAUAACACUGAUUGUAUUACUUCUCAACUACGUCACCAAUCCAAAGAUCUUACUUCUGUUAAACAGAGUACACUUGAACCAUCAGAGUGGAAAAUGCAUUUGAGUUGAGAAAACUUAAAAAUGAAAAGUAGCAGCCACUAUCCUUGUGAGACAUAUUGGUUAUUAGGGGAAAGUGGAGAUUGGAUCAACAACCAAUAAUGUACUGGGAUAUGCUGGAAGGAUCCUGCUGUUUGACGAUCUGUCCCAGUCUGGGUAGCCAUUCUGAACUCCACUUUGUGGUGCAGGAAGCAAGACGCCGUCUCUGCAGGGCCUCCUGCUCUCUGCCUGACUUCACCUAGAGAGUGUCUCUAGACGCUGAUGCCCCUAACUACAUUUGAUAUAUGGCCUUUUGCUGGCUCUCUCCUCCCUGCGCCUGUAUAAUAUUAGGUACUAUAUUUCUGUUCAUAGGCUAAGAAUAUGCUAUUUAAUGUAAUUCAAGCAUCCUUGAAGUGCCUAGUUUCAACCAAUUAUGUACACCUAUCCUUGGAGACUCCCACCCACUCCCCAAGGGGUAUAUAGCCUUUGUGCUCUGAAUUAAAGUUGAACUAGCUCCCUGAA